AUGAAUAUUAAAAUGGCUCUUUUGCUUAGACAUUUUUUAAAGACCGAUGAACAUUUUAUGAGUUCAACAGGAAUAUGUAAAUCAACAACAACAAUUAAAGGAUGUAAAGGAGAAAUAGAUAAAGAAUAUGGAUGUAGAGAAUGUUUAACAGGAUAUUAUUUAAUAAAUAAAGAAUGUUCAAAAUGUGGAAAUAAAUGUAUAACAUGUUUAAAUGAGAAAGAAUGUAAUAAAUGUGAAGAUGAAUAUAUAAUAAUAAAUAAAGAAUGUAUUCAUUAUUCAAAUAUUAAUAAAUGUAAAGAAACAAAAAAUAAUAAAUGUUCAAAAUGUUCAUUUUGGUAUGGAAUCAAUGAAAAAGGAACAAAAUGUAAUAAAGAAAUUGUAUGGUGGAUGAUAAUGAUAAUUAUCAUCAUUAUACUUAUUAUCAUCAUUAUAAUAAUUAUAAUUAUAAUUAUAAUGAUUAAUUACAUUAUAAAACGCAAAGAAAAGAAAGAACAAGAGAAAACAACAACAAUAUUUAAAAUUUCACAAUCAAAUAUCAAAUUUAUAUCACUUGGAGAUGGAAUAAUAACAAAUAAAAAAGAAAUAGAAAUAGGAGAAGGAGAAGAAAUUGAAGUAAAUAAAGAAAUCAGAGAAUUAAUAUGUAUUGGAAAUGAAAAUAAAGAAAAAAAGAAAAUACAAAUAAGUAGUAAAGAAGAAAAUGAAAAAUAUUCAAUUAGAACAAACCCAAAUAUUAUUACAAUU